AUGGAGACAUUCAAUGGAUCGCAGAGCUUGACAAUCGUCAUAAAAUUAGGAACGAGUUCAAUUGUGGAUGAACGCACACACGAACCAAUUCUAUCUAUAUUAUCCUUGAUUGUUGAGACAGUCGCAAAACUUCGCAAGAAUGGUCACAGAGUCAUUUUGGUAUCUUCAGGUGCCAUUGGAGUUGGACUGCGCAGAAUGGAUAUCGAUGAGAGGCCGAAGCACCUGCCGCGGAUACAGGCGCUUGCUGCUGUCGGUCAAUGCCGGCUCAUGAGUUUGUGGGAUAGCCUCUUUGGGCACCUCCGAAUUCCUGUCGCACAGAUUCUUCUUACUAGAAGCGAUAUUGCAGAUCGCACACAAUAUAUAAAUGCUCAAAACACCUUUUCAGAGCUGCUAGACAUGGGUGUACUACCCGUUGUCAACGAGAACGACACUCUUGCCGUUGCAGAAAUCAAAUUUGGAGACAAUGACACGCUAUCAGCUAUAACCGCCGCCAUGGUCAGGGCAGAUUAUCUCUUUUUAAUGACUGAUGUGGACUGUCUAUACACUGCCAACCCGAGACACGAUCCGAAUGCACAGCCCAUCGAGGUGGUUUCCGACAUCUCAUUACUAGAAGCUGAUGUCUCGACAUCCGGAUCUUCGCUAGGCACCGGAGGCAUGAGCACAAAAAUUGUUGCUGCUCGUCUUGCUACUAGUGCCGGCGUGACGACUAUUAUUACAAAAAGUUCGAAGCCGGGCAAUGUGCAUGAUAUUGUGAAUUAUCUGCAGGAAUCUCAGACUGGACUACCUGUGUUCGAAACAAGUACCCAGCCAGAUUCGGCACAGCAAUUGACAGACAAGCCGAUCUCUGGUCUUUCUUUACCUCCGCUGCAUACCCGCUUUAUCCCCUCAGCUACACCGAUUCAAUCCCGUUCAUUCUGGGUUCUGCACGGUCUCGCUCCUCAUGGAAGUCUAUAUAUCGACCAAGGCGCAUUCAGCGCCUUACAAAAGAAAGCCAGUCUUCUCCCGGCAGGUGUCCUUGCCGUCGAAGGCCAUUUCGGCCAACAGGAAGCAGUGCGCCUAUUCGUCGUGGAGAAGCGUUCACCGACCGCCAUCGAUGGCGAUUUCAUGGCUCAUGCCGAGGAGCCCCGAGAGGUUGGCAGGGCUAUUGUGAAUUAUGGCAGUCUUGAGAUCAGUCGGAUCAAGGGUGUGCGUAGCACUCAUAUACAGGCUGUUCUCGGAUAUGCGGACAGCGAAUAUGUGGCUCUACGCGAGAAUAUUUCUUUCUUCCCGAAGGAGCUUUCGAGUGGUACUGCUACUCCUAGCCUUGCAUAG